UAGUGAUUAUUUUUUACGGUCACUAACAGUGCAUUUGAACCGCUUUUAGCUUUGUUCCGGUGAUAAUUUGAUAAAGAGGGCUUAGGAAGGUUGACGCUAUUAUAAUAUAUUUCCUGUUUCCGAAACAUUUCACUACUAUAGAUUAAAAAUCGUUUCAUAUACUUAUUUGACAUAAUGAAAUGUUUCGAAACGGUUGCGCUUUUAAAAAAUCAGCGAGCAAUUUUUGACAUAAAUGACACUUGACGCCUCGGGUCAACAAUUAUAAAUUUGAUAGCAGUGAUAUUUGGUGAUCAAUCGUGUAGCAGCAUUGAAAAUUAAUUAUUGUUUGCAAUCUUAUGGAAGACAGCCAAUGCAAAUUUUUUUAUUACUAUAGAAACGGCUCAAUGCUGUCAUGAAAAUGUUGUGAAAUUUGUGAUAACUGUGUAUUCGAAUUUCGAUAUUUUAUGGCGAAUUCAUGUGUAAGAGAUCUGUGCUUUUAAUUUUACAAGAGUUACAGCAGUAAUAAAAUCUCAAAUACUCGAUUUCAAUGUGCGUAUGAUCGACGAAGCAUAUCAACACCUGCGUUGGUGAUAAUAUUUCGUGCUGGCAAUGGAGACUACUUAGCUAAACCCUCACUUCCUUUCCAUUUCUUGAUUAAUUCCUAAUUAAAACAUCUGAUCGCGACUGUGAUACAUUUAAAGUGUGAUAUGUUCUCAAAAAUAAAAAUGUAUCCAUUCCACAUUAGCUUUUCCUUCUCCCUACGUCGUAAAGUCCGAUAUGUAUAAAGCCGCUUUAUAAUUUUUGUCAAGUACUUAACGCUGAUUGGCUUACGGUUGAUCGACUCGCGCAUUGUCAAUCAAUAAAUAGCAUGGCAAUAAGCUCAAAAUUUACGAUACUGCUAUGGCUAGACAAUUGAAAGAUUGAACGAAUUAUAGUACUGUCAAAGUUCAAAACACUUUCAAUCAUUUCUCAAUUUGUAAACGCCGUGUGCGUUGACAAACGUUGAUAGUACUAGCAAUUGGUUAGUAACUAGAAUUUAUGGCAUCAGGCAAUUUAACAACGUUGGAUACCAUAAUCACGUCCAGCUAUAAUAGACGUUCAUCGCCCGUGACAAGCAUGCCCGAUCCUGGCUGUUUAAAAUGUCCUUUGGACGCAGCGCUUGACUCCGUUAUGGCUGUUAACUAUGAUAUAAACGGAUCUCAACCGGUCAACGUAAAAAUGUUGCUAAAUACUGACUUUAUCAAGCAAGAGCCUUUAGAUUGUACAGAUUUGAGCCGGAUGGUCGAUUGUGAAGUGGGAUCAUCUCAAAGAUCAAAUGAAAUUGUUGCGAAUACGGCAGGUAUCACAGGAGCAAUAAAUCCCCUGAACAUUUCAAGUGCUGUUCUUGAUAGUAAUAAAAACAGUUCAUUCAGUGAAGCGGCUGAGCAUGAAAUCUCUGGUAGGAUUUCUCCGAAUUUAGAACUUAAAAAAAAUACCAAAAUGGCGCCCGGAUCCGAUCGAGAUCCCGAACGUGUAAAAAGACCAAUGAAUGCAUUUAUGGUAUGGUCGCGCGAAAAACGUCGAAUUAUGGCACAAGAAAAUCCUAAGAUGCAUAAUUCAGAAAUAUCUAAGAGGCUUGGGGAUAAGUGGAAAAAAUUAAGUCCUGGUGACAAACAACCGUAUGUUGAGGAAGCUAAACGAUUACGUGCUCAGCAUAUGAAGGAUUUUCCUGAUUAUAAGUAUCGUCCUCGUCGUAAAACUAAAAAUUUAUUGAAGAAAGAUAAAUAUAGUUUACCUUUACGAGGAAAUUGCGAUACUGGACCCCAAGUACAACGAGAUUUUGCACAAAUUAAUGAGUAUUUUUCUUAUCCCAAUUUUACUUAUACGACGCAUGAUGUAUAUAAUCCCGUUUAUAACACCAAUUAUAACACGAUGUUAUCAAACUCACAAUAUCACGUUGCAAGUACGUCGACAAAUUCUUACUAUCCAAAUUCAGCCUGCACAAUUCAAAAUGGUCAGAUUUACAGUUAUAAUCCAGAACAUCCGCACCAUACAAGAGAAGGAUUAUCAAGAAUGCCAAAUGUAAACUAUACACAAGAAACAGUCAUGCUUUCAAAUGGCGGUGCAGUGCAACACAUCAAGAAAGAAAACGACAGUGAUAAUAGACGUAGUUAUCCUGGCGAUUUGCAUGAAAUGAUAAAUGUUUACUUGACGGCCGACUCGAAUCUUAACUAUCGAAGUGGAACAAAUCAUGUUGAAUAUUUUCAACACCAUAACGCAAAUCAAUAUAACGAUGACGAUAGUUUAAAUGGAAGUAGCGUUAUUAGACGUAAUCCUGACACAAGUACCAUUCCUUUGACUCAUGUGAAUUUUUGAACGAUUAUGUUUCAUACGAUUUGAAACCUUAUUGCUAACAUAAGGCAUUAACUAAUCUUGAGAAACAAUUAAAGUAUUGUGACAAAUUUGGAUUUAUUUAUAUAUGUAUAUUUAACGUUUUACAUGUCUUUAUGAAUAUACGUUUAUAAAUCUUUUUAUCUUAGAAUAUUUAAUUAUCUUUAUUUUAAUGUUGCUGUAAACUAAGUGCAUCAAAUUGAAUUUUUUAAGUUUUAAAUAAACAUUUCUCUUGCAACAUAUCAUGGAGUUAAUUUAGUUAAAACCUUGUGAUUUGUAACAAAUUAUUUGAUAUGUUCACAGCAUUAUAUACAGCAUAGACCAAA